AAAAUAAAUGAUCAUGAUAUUAACAUUUUGUUUUCCACCAUUGAUACAGGAAAUUCAGUGAUGAUAAAAAUUCCGAACUUCAUUUGCAAUUUAAUAUUAAUAUCGUAAUACAUUCAGGUUAAUCAACUAGAUAUUUGUUUUAUAUUCCAUUUGACUCUUACAUUAUUUAUUUGUAGGCAUCCUGAACGGCUUAAGAUUAUCUCUGAGUUUCGGAUAAAUAAAGACCUGUAUUUUCGAAUAUGUUCUUGAAAUUCUUAGCAAAAAUCCUAUUCCUGAAUCACACCAUCUUCAAGAUUCCUGUUGUGACUAAAGUUUGUGUAGUUGUGAGUUGGCACGUGUCAUUAACGUUGUUUAGUAAACAGUCUCGUAUCAAGUAUGGCUGGGCGUGGAUAUGUUUUGUUAAAGUUUACAUUGAGCUACUAGUGAUACCAUCAGAACGACCAGUCAUACUUGACCUCUGUGUUUGUACGAGUUUAAAAGCAAUCCCGUUUUAUUUGGUCUCAUGUUCGAUGGAACAUGUAAUUUUUUCUUUUUUCCAACAAAGAAUUUAACUUUGUGCUUUGAAUUUAAUAUGACAAAGGAGUCCUGAAAGCUAUAAAACAAAAAAAAACACAUACAAAGUUAUAAAGAGAAAACCCAGCAAUAAGUCGUCAAAAAACCCUGCCAAAAAGAAUUAUACAAACAUUUUCACAAUUCAUAAAAUUUCGUAGACAUUUAUAAAAUUAAAUUAGAGUUUCCGUUUUUAAUUUUGUUCAGUGCCAGUAGCUGAUUUAACGUGGAGGCUGUACAUAAGAUGUUACUGUACAAAGAUGGAUCAACUAAGAGACUAUUAAUGCUACAGAAACCUGGAACCGCUAUAUAACACUCUGACAUCAUGAGUCCUCUCAAUGAGGUCAUGAAUGUGACGGAGAGCCCCUCGGCUCCAGUCGAUCCCACACUCAUUUUCGGUCCACAAAGAGACCCUAUGUCCAUAGUACUGCCGAUAACAAUUAUAUAUUCACUUAUAUUUAUAACUGGACUCCUGGGAAAUAUAUUCACAUGCAUAGUCAUAGUAAGGAAUAAAAGCAUGCACACGGCUACAAACUACUAUUUAUUUAGUUUAGCUAUGUCAGAUCUGCUUUUACUUGUAAGUGGGAUGCCACAGGAGAUGUAUUCAAUAUGGUCGAAGUGGCCGUAUGUGUUUGGACAUAGUUUUUGUGUGAUAAGAGGUCUAGCGGCAGAGGCUUCAACGAAUGCCAGUGUUUUAACAAUAACUUUGUUUACGGUGGAGAGGUACCUAGCGAUAUGUCAUCCAUUUGUGUCACACAAGAUGUCGAAGCUGUCGCGAGCAACGAAGCACGUGAUGUGUUUGUGGGUAGUGGCGGUGAUGCUGGCGUUACCUCAAGCGCUACAGUUCGGCAUUCGGGAGCACAAAGGAGUAGCGAUGUGCCUGCAAACAAAAGUCAUCAUAGAACACUCGUUUGAAAUAUCGACGUUUUUCUUCUUUUUGGCACCGAUGGUGCUGAUCACGGUGCUAUAUUCACUGAUAGGGCUGAAACUGAGAGAAACAAGCAUAAGUAAACAACAGUCACAAAAAGAUUUCGAAUCAGCAGUGAGAUGCACACAUAAAAUAAAUCGAAAACACAACCAGUCCACAAAGAGAGUUGUCAAGAUGUUGGUGGCAGUGGUGGUGGCAUUUUUCAUCUGUUGGGCGCCUUUCCACGCUCAGCGGCUCGUCGCGAUAUAUGGCACUACUGAGCACCACCGCGCACGGUCACCAAUUCUCCUUUCUGUGUACUCUUUCCUUACCUACACUUCUGGGGUCUUCUACUACAUGUCUACGUGCAUCAACCCCAUAUUUUACCAUAUAAUGUCCAAUAAAUUUAGAGACGCCUUCAAGAACUCAGUGAUGCUCUGGUGCUGCCGGUCCAGCGAGAGGGCGGCAGCGAAGCGCUGUUCCUACACAGCCAUCGCCUUCCAACGGAAUCCAACGUCCAGCGGUACUGUGCACUCAGGUAAUUCAUUGAAGAACUCGUUGCGGCAGGAGCCAAGUAUCCGCAACAAGUUGAGACACGACAGCAGAGAUCAGUUUCUGCCAACAGUGAACGUCUGCCACAACGGCAGGACCAUAGUCACACCUCCACUCCAUGACUACAGGACAUGCAAACACCAGCAGCCUCCCAAGGAUGAGAUUAUUAACAAUAGAAACUCGUACCUCGACACAACAUUGCGAAUAGCAGACGAAAGGAAAAGACCAUGCUCCCCAGUCUGCUGUUCCUAUCCUUCAUCCCCUGCUGAAAUAAUCACAAUUACCCCCGACGGUAUAGUACCAAUAGAAAGGACAGAUUACUCAGCAGACGGGUCAGAAAACUAUCAGAAGGAAAUUAAACUAAGAAUAAUACAACAUGAAAAAGAAUUUGGAUAAAAUGACUUCUAUUAUGUGAAACCUACAUCGCGGCAAUAAUAUCAUACAGUACUCCGACUUCAUUAUACAAACGGACGAAACGCAAGCUAUACCUACCUGCGCGCCUCGAUGUCGGGUCGCGCUCGAGGCGCAGAUAGUCACGACACGGCUGUACCGCAGUGAAGGACGGUGUGUUGUUUUUAACAAUAACCGCGCAAUUUUUCUCUAACAUCAGUUCGAGUAUAUCUACGUCUACACUUCUGCACUUUGUAUAAAGAGGAAAAAAUAGAUUUUUUGUUUGUUUGAAUUGAAUAGGCUCCGAAAAUGCCGGACCGAGUUAAAAAAAUCUCUUGCUGUUAGUAUCCUACAUUAUCGAUGAUGACCAUAGUCUAUAUAUAUUUAAUAAGACGGAAAAAAGUGAACUGAGUAAAAAUAUCGAUAAUGUAACCCGAUGUAUAUACUACCAUAAACCUCCGCAUAUUGCUUUAACCUUUGUCUGCCAAUAGAAAACUGUUUUCAAGGACUAAUAAUAGUAUUUAGCUGGAUCAGAAUUAGAGAUUUUAAAGGAAAAAUACGAAUUCAAUUAACUGAGUACAUUUUAUUCAUGGACUAGGUUUUGCCCACGGUUUCAAGAAAAGAGUUUGUGCCCGAUAUUUUGAUGGUCACAAAUAUGAUACCUACUCAUUUUAGAUUUUUUGAAAAUGACGAAAUGCUCCAUACAAACUUCCAUCCCCUGUUUUAGGGAAGUGGUAGGUUAGAAAGAACAAAAUGUCGCCUAUGCUACUUUCAAUCCUUGCAACUAUCCUCACUCAACAAAAAAGUCGGAGGGUACAGCUAAUAUUUAAUAUGACGAGAAGGAAAUAUUGUGCUGUUAUUGGUUGUAUUUUUUUUGCAAAUAUUUUUCGGUCGCAAAUUUAUAAGACUGAUUGGUUUUUCAAACAAAAACAAAUUUAUAAAAUUAAAUCUACCGAUAAAAAAACAACACGCCUUUUUAUUGAACAUUUCCUAUUCAAUAUACAAAGUAUUUCAUUUGUUUAUUUAUUUAAAAAAAUGAUAUUUACAGUCACAAAUUAAACUAAAUAGGAACAGAAAGUAAGCAAAUGUACCUAAUUAAAAUGCUGGAGACGGGUAGCCCGUGGGCAGCCCUAAUGUAUACGUCAUGCGGCCGAGUUACGCUACUGUAUGAUAAUAUUACCGUGCCAAAAGGUACAUAAUUGAACAAUUUCCUCAAUAUUUUGGCAUCAGCGUUACCCACAAUGCAAAUAAUAGACGUAGGUACAAGAUAAUGAUACAAACAAUAACUUGUUUAAGUCUAGUUUUAUUAUCUGUCAACUUUUAAUAUCUGUCAACUUUUAAUAUCUAAUUCUAUCGAAUUGUAGGUACCUACGUGCCUAAGUAAUUGAAAAUAUAAUUCAGGAAAUGUGCUCAUAAAAAACCAGUUCCAUUUACAAAGCGAGUCCAUUAUUUUCUUUUAGUAUCUACAUUUUUAGUGACUUGAAUUAAUUUGUUAUUUCGAAUUAACCAUGUAACUGAAAAUUUUAACACCCCGUUACAAAAUGUGGCCACCAUGUUUGAAACAAUAAUUCAUAGCUUUUUAUAUUAUUACAGGAGUUGAUUCCGGAGUCCCAUUACAUUUUGACGUUGUAUUGUCGUUACAUCGACAUUAUUGUCUCACAUAUACAUACAUACAUUAGGUAAAGGAUCAGAUAAUGUGUCAAUGAGAAUAUCAAAAACAUUAUUUUUUUAAAGAGUAACGAUGGAGUUUCUUGCUCGUUCUUCUUCCUUCGAAGCUGCACUUUGGAGCGAGCGCCUAGCUUCACUGACAGACAGACGGACGGUCGGACGGUUCAGUUUUUGA